AUGGCAUACAAGAUCCUGCACAGGAAAUGGCUUCUCAGGCCAUGGAUGUGGGCCAUCUUCCCGCUCGAGCUGGCCGGCCUCGUGCCGCUGCUCGUCCUCUUCGGCAUCGCCCAGCCGGACCUCUACCGCACAAAGAUGUGGGAGAUUGGACACGCCUACGGCUUCAACUCGAGCCCGAACAUGGUGCUCUACGCCUACGCCAACUAUGAGUCCCUGCCGACGGUUCCCUUUGUAUGGACGAGGACACUGACCGACUUCAACGUCGCCCUCUCCGUCAUCACCCUCUUCCUCCUCCUCACCAAGCUCGUCUUCUUCAUCAUGAAGUUCUGGUUCCCCCUCCUCGCCGUCGGCAUCAACGUCGCCAUGGUCGCCAUGUACACCGUCUCCGUAUACGGGCAGAUGGGCCCGGACCACGCGGACCCGCGGUACCCCUCCAACGUGGCGUGGUACAUUUCAAAGUCUUGCUCGUAUGCGGCGCCCUACAGGGCGGAGAAGUCGUGCAUGCUUGCCAAGGGCACGUUCGCCGUGACGGUGUACAUGCUGUUCCUGUUCCUGUGCAGUCUGGGCAUCGCGGUGUACGUGUGCCUGCCGAAUAAGUUCGACAAGGAGGGCGCCGAGGACGAGGAGGCUGCGGGCAGUGAUGGCAGUUCGCCGGUGGACCCGAAGGAGGCGCGAGAGUGGGAGAUGAGGGACAUGCAGAAGGGCCCGGCGACGCCGAGGACGGUGCCGUAUACGCCGCGGACGAUGGCGUUUCACACGCUGGAUCGGAAGUUGCCUUUGAGGCAGCAGUACGGUUGA